UAUUCACUCUUGUUUUAGGCACUUUUGUAUUCACUCUUUCUUGUUUUAGUCAUUCUUCUAGUGGACUUACUGGUAGUUCUUCAAAUUUGCAUGUUCUUCUGGUAGACUUGCAUCAUUUUUUGGUGAUUCUUCAUCAUUCUCUGGCGUUCAUUGGUAGACUUAUAUCAUUUUCUGGUGAUUUUUCUCGAAUUUGCGUUAUUCUCUG